AUGAUAGAAUACUCAGGACCCAUUUCUCUGUUUGCCACAACUGAUCUCUCGCUUUGUACAUCUGAAAUCUUCUGUUUUUUUUUUUUAUCUGUUCUGAUGCUUAAACUGAAGAAAAUGAUUGACCUUGUUUUUGAUUUGACCCUACUGUAUCUGUUUGGUGUGUCAGGUGCUGUUACAGUGAAGCCAGUGAUGGUUGGAGAAUCAGUCACUCUAGAAAUACAGAGAGACGGGGACAUCGAGUGGAAGUUUAGACCCCACAACAUUCUUAUAGCUCAGAUCGGCAGCAAUAAAAUCACAUUGCAUGAAAAUGUUCUUAAUGGGAGUUUCAGAGGCAGACUGACGCUGGAUCAGAAUGGAUCUCUGACCAUCAACAACACCAGAACAACAGACUCUGGAGAUUAUGAAGUAAUCAACACAACCACAGAAAUGCUACUCGACACAUUCAGGCUGACUGUCUAUGCUCCUCUUCCGAUUCCUGUCAUUUCCACAUUCCUAACUCCAUACCCAAAUACAACAUCAGUGUCCAGCUGUGUGCUGAUGUGUUCAGUGGUCAAUGUAAGUGCUGCGAGUCUCUCCUGGUACAAAGGAAACAUUGUAUUGUCCAGCAUCAGAGUGGCUGAUCUCACCAGUGUCUCUCUACCUCUGGAGGUGGAAUAUCAGGAUAACAGCAGCUACAGCUGUGUGGUCAACAACCCCAUCAGCAACCAGACCACACAUCUAGACAUCAACACACACUGUCAGACAUGCAAAGAGAAUAUCAGAGAAGGUCCUCCAGGAUCUCAGGUAGUGUUGAUCUCUGCUGCUGCUGCUGCUGUUGCUGCUGCUGUUGGAUCUCUGUUGAUUAUUUCUGCAGUCUUCUGUGAGAAACACAGAAAAACAGAUCAAGAAGGCAAGUGUAACCUACUGCUUUAA